AUGGUGACUAAAUUCUACCAACAUGCCCUGGCCUUGGCUUUUGCUGUAAAUAACAUCAAUGAGAACACCCAGAUCCUGCCAAAUGUCACCCUCGGAUUCCAUAUCUCUGACAGCUAUUAUGAUCCAAGGAUGACUUACUGGACCACCUUGAACCUGCUCUUCAAAUCACAGAGAUUUUUGCUUAACUAUGAAUGUGAUUCCCAGAGAAAUAUGGUUGCAAUUAUUGGUGGAUUUGGUCCUGCUGUUUCCUUCCAUGUGGCAGAUAUCUUAGGGAUUUACAAGAUUCCACAGGCAGCCAGCCUUGGGAGCUGUGGAGUGGAUAGUGGGAAAUUCGAAGGAUGCUGUGCGGAGAAGAGGAACGUGAUAGCAGGAAUGGUGACUAAAUUCUACCAACAUGCCCUGGCCUUGGCUUUUGCUGUAAAUAACAUCAAUGAGAACACCCAGAUCCUGCCCAAUGUCACCCUCGGAUUCCAUAUCUCUGACAGCUAUUAUGAUGCAAGGAUGACUUACCGGACCACCUUGGACCUGCUCUUCAAAUCACAGAGAUUUUUGCUUAACUAUGAAUGUGAUUCUCAGAGAAAUAUGGUUGCAAUUAUUGGGGGAUUUGGUGCUGCUGUUUCCUUCCGUGUGGCAGAUAUCUUAGGAAUAUACAAGAUUCCACAGGCAGCCAGCCUUGGCAGUUUCUGUUUGCCACCUGAAAACUGCGAUGUUUGCUGCAGCUGUGGAGCGGAUAGUGGGAAAUUCACAGGAUGCUGUGUGGAGAAGAGGAAUGUGACAGCGGGGCUCGUGGGCGAGGGAGGUGGAACUGCAGCAGGCACCGGACCAGGAAAGGACAAUGACACCGGCGAUGUAGCUGGAGGGGAGCUUGUGACUCAUGGACCUGUAGGGAAGUGGUACAGCCUGCCCCGGCUGUGGCAGUGGCUGUUAAACCCCCUGUGGGAGCGGUUGUUGGGGGCAUUUGAGGAGCUGGCGCGGGAGCUUGGGGUCCCAUUGCCUCACGAAAAGACAGACGGACCCAGCCCGGUACUUACCUUCUUAGGCAUCAAGCUGGACACCAUGCAGCAAGCUUCACGGCUGCCUGCGGAUAAGGUGCUGGGGCUCGUAGAGAGAGCACAGGUGGUGCCCGUUUCUGUGUGCAAUGACUACUGCCGCCCUGGUUAUCACAAGAAAAAGAAGGAAGGAGAGAAAUUUUGCUGCUAUGAUUGUGCUCCUUGUCCAAAAGGGAAGUUUUCCAGCCACAAAGACAUGGAUGACUGUUUUGCAUGCCCAGAAGAUCAAUAUCCAAAUAUGGACCAGGAAGGAUGCAUCCCUAAAGUGAGAAGCUUCCUGUCUUUUGAGGAACCUCUAGGGAUCAGUCUGGUUUUACUUGCUCUGUCUUUGUCCAUGACUACAGUCUUAAUCCUAGGAAUUUUCAUUAAACACAGAGAUACUCCCAUUGUCAAAGCCAACAACACGGAUAUCACCUACACUCUCCUCAUUUCCCUCCUCUUCUGCUUCCUCUGCUCUUUGCUGUUUCUGGGAGAACCCACCAAGGUGACCUGCUUCUUCCGACAAUCUGCUUUCAGCAUCAUCUUCUCAGUGGCUGUUUCUUGUGUCUUGGCCAAAACCAUUACUGUAGUCAUAGCUUUCAUGGCCACCAAACCUGGCUCCAACUUGAGGAAGUGGAUGGGCAAAAGACUGGCCAACCUCAUUGUCAUCUCUUGUUCUCUCAUCCAAGCAAGUAUUUGUACAGUGUGGCUAGGAACCUCUCCCCCUUUCCCAGAUUUGGACACUCAGUCCCUGACUGUAAAAAUCAUAGUAGAAUGUAAUGAAGGCUCUGUCGUUAUGUUUUAUAUUGCUCUUGGCUACAUGGGACUUCUGUCUCUCAUAAGUUUGCUUGUAGCCUUUGUAGCUCGUAAGUUGCCAGAUAGUUUUAAUGAAGCCAAAUUGAUCACUUUCAGCAUGCUGAUGUUUUGCAGUGUUUGGUUGUGUUUUGUCCCAACUUAUCUGAGCACCAAAGGGAAACAUACGGUGGCUGUGGAGAUCUUCUCCAUCUUGGCUUCCAGUACUGGCUUAUUGGCUUGUAUCUUUUCCCCCAAGUGCUAUGUAAUCAUGCUGAGGCCUGAACUCAAUAAGAAGGAUCAUCUCAUGCGAAAAAAUUAA